AUGGAAGAAUUAGGACAAGGAUCAACAGGACAGAACGAUGGUGGUGAUGAACAAAAGAUGAAUAUCUUUCUGAAGCUCAGUAAAACAGUUGGUUUGACUGUAAAGACAUCAGAUACUGUCAGGAACCUUAAAACAGCUUUGAAUGACAAGGAAGUUAUAUCUGAAUGUCUUCAGGAUAUAUUUUUCGGUGGGGAUAGGCUUAUGGAUGAUCAAAAGCUAGUUGAUUGCGGCAUUCAGCAGAAUUCCAGUCUACUGGUUUUUGUUCAAAACUUUUCACCCCUACUAUUAUAUGUUAAACUACUAGAUGGUCAGAACACCAUUAAUGUUGAAGCAAGGUCUUGUGACACUAUCCAGGAUGUGAAGUCUUCAAUUGGGGCCAAACGAACGAUCAAAUCGUAUGACUUCAAUCUGAUCUGUGCUGGUAAGCUGCUUGAAGAAGAUAAGACUUUGGCAUCUCUCAACAUUGAAGCAGGAUCAACACUUCACAUGAUCAUUGCUCCGAAGGAAAUGCUGGCAAUCUCAGUCAAAAUGCCAAGUGGAGAAAUUUUGAAGAUGGAAGUUAGAAGGUUGUACACUGUUUCUGACAUCAGAACUGUGGUUGAGAGCAUGGUUGGUUACUCUGUCGAUGAUCUGAGUUUAGCUUAUGAUGGUGUGCAACUCGAGAAUUCGAACAUUCUGUCUUCCUGUAACAUUACUGAAGGCUCUAUGUUAGAGUUCUUAGAGAUGGCGCCACAAAUUUUGCAGGUAUUCCUUAAGGACCCUGAUAGCAAAACAUUAACUUUCUUCGUGUAUCGAGAGGAAUUGAUAUCAAUGGUUAAGGACAAGGUGUUUCGUAAAAUUGGAAUACCAACUCAUGUCCAGAGGCUGAUGUUCGACGGGAAAUAUCUGAAAGAUGAUCGAAGUUUGGCUAGUUAUAACAUCCAGAAGGAUUCCACUCUUCAUUUAUCUGUCUGGAAAUCAUCACUUGUGUCUCAGAAAAAUAACCAACUUGCUGAAUCCAACUGA